ACGAUACAAGGAUCCAACAUGAAUAUACAUAUAUAUAUACAAACAUAUAUAUCCGUCAGGACUUAACAAUUUACCCAACAAAACGUCAGUACCUGGUUAGCGUCCCAAACAGAGAAGCAGAGUAUGGACAGUGCGUUUGUGAUUAAUUAUUUAAGUUUCAGCUGUCGCGCCUGGAAACGACGCCUUGGAUAAUUUUUUAACAAAAAUUUUUUUAAAUAAUUAAUUAAUAAUUAGUGACAAAAAUAAUUUUUCUAAAACACCUUUUGGAUUUUUAAAGACAAUCCAACAUUAAAAUCACUAGUGAAGAAAAGAAAGAAAUUCCCAAUGUUUAAUGCCUACAAAAAAUUCCGCUACAAAAAGCUGAAUGAUUAAUUAAAUAAUUAAUAAUAAAUUAAAAAGAUAAUUUAAAAAAACUGGGGAUUCCCAGUUAAAACAAAAAACCGUGGAAGGCUCAAGAAAAUCAAUAAUAAGCCACUACGGGCUUUACCAAAAUUCCUACUCAUGCAGCAACGCACCCGGCAGCAUCUACGGCUACCCUACGACUACGACUACGACUACCCCCACUACUAGUUACUUGCCGGCGUAUCCCCACUUCCAAAGCCAGUUUCAAUUGAACGAAGACUACCGGCCGAUAUAUUUUUAUGUCGCCCAGCCCUACACCAUUCCUUACACCUUCGCCAAGCGCCCUAAGAGUAAUAAUAAUAACAAUCACACCCUCUCGAUUGGACGGUCCACUAGGAGUAGGAGUCGGGUCAAGUUUUCUAAGAAAUUGAGCAACGCUGAAUUUUCUCAGAAGGUUAAGCAAGGCGAAUUUUCAAAGAGUUUGAAUCAAGUUCAGUUUGUAGAUCCUACAGUUAAAACUUCUCCAAAAGAAUUGCCGAGAAAACCAGUAGAUCCCGCAAUGACGUCCAUGUUCAGACGAGGAACAAUUUUUGCGACGUUUUUCCUCUCGCUGAUUGGCGGAGGACUAGUUUGUGCGGCGCUGGUGACUCAGCACUGGGUCGAAGCCAAAGCUUGGCGGACUCCUAACCCCCAAGAGAGCGCCGGGAAAAUUCAUUUUGGGCUUCUCAAUGGAAAAAAGGAGCUCAAUGUCGCUUAUGGCUGGCGUACCUAUCACAUUACAGUUGCUCAAAUGAUUAAAUCAGAUCCAAAUGUAAUGGACUGGAGUCUUUGGAUGUCAACAUUAAUCACAACAUCAAUGGCAUUAAUAGCUGCAGGAUUAUCAGCAUUAAUAGCCGUCCUAAAUACAGCAACGACUCCCAGAAUUAAAUUAUUGUCUGUACCUGGUGUUUAUAUAAUCAAUAGUCUAACAUUAAUAUUAUGUAUUACGAGUGUCAGUACGUGGUUGGCCCAAUUCUACACAAAAUUACAAAACAACGUUCUGCCAAAAGAGGAUGUCGAUAAUAUGUGGACGAGUGAAGGUUCCGCGGAGCUAGGAUACUCCUUUUGGAUGGUAGUUAGCGCCGGGGUUGUUCACCUUAUCAGUAUCGCUUUGGUUGGCUGGGGAUCAGGAAGAGUUAAAGAAGAUCGUAUUGAGCACAUACCUGCUUUAGAAGAAAAAACAGCUGCGGCCAUAAUGCUCUAUUAAUUUGCUUUUUAGUGAUGAUGUCAAAUUAUUUUUAAAUUAUUGUAAUUUAUUUUUUUAACAGUCAAA